AUGAAGAAAUUUGCUGUUGUUGUAGCUGCACUCCUGGCAUUCACUGCCAAUGCAGCUCCUGUCGAUACACCGGAAAGUGUUGCAUCCACAACACCUGCUCAAUCAACACCCACUGCAGCGCCCUUGGCUGCAACUCAAGUAACUGUGCUUUACGACACAACAUACGACAACUCCUCAUUCCCUAUCAGCAGUGUGGCAUGUUCCGACGGCCCCAAUGGCCUCGAGGGUAAAGGCUACAACACAUUGGGCCAAGUACCAAAUUUCCCUUACGUCGGAGCAGCUCUUACUAUCACGGGUUGGGGAAGCCCUAAUUGCGGAGCCUGCUACAACAUUACCUACAACGGUGUCUCCCUGUAUGUUAUGGGUGUUGAUGCCUCAACCAAUGGAUUUGUCGUGAGUCAGGCGACAUUGGAUCGAUUGACUGGCGGUCAGGCUGUAUCUUUGGGCCACAUCUCUUCAUUGCGUUACUUGAUGAAUCUUAAUGGUUGCCCACACAGAGGCAAAGGAUCAAGAAAAUUGUUCGAAGCUGGUCAUGUGUGA